UAAAGAGAACGAAUCCCAAAAAUGAAAGAUGAAUAAUGAAUGUCAGCUUUUGAAAAUAAACGAGAAAAAUACAGUUAAUUUUUGAGUAAAAUUACUAAAUUAGUAUAAAAUGUUGAUAACAUUCAAAGAGAGUCAUAAGCAACAUUUAAGUUUAUUAAUUUCACAAUCAAAUCAAGUUUUUGUAGAUUUUUGUAAAUUAGCCUUGGAUUAUUUACAAAAUGGGCCGAAUGAGAAAAGGUAUACCGCCGCCGCUGGGAAGCUAGCAGUUAAAACUGAUGAUAUUCAAAAUGCAGUUGAAGGAAUUGUUAAUUUGUUGUUACAAUGUUGCAGAAACAAACUGAGUAUUGAUGAUAUGCGAGAUUCGGUUCUUUUACUUGGAUUUAAUGAAGAAAAAGCAGUUAUAUUUACACGAUUUUAUAAAAGUAAGCGUAAUGAUAUUCACAAAACAUUAGCAAAGUUUUCUGUCGUUUCACCACAUUAUCAGGAUUUGGACUGGCGUUUUGAAGUUCAGGUUUCCUCGCGUUCACUUUUACAACAAAUUAAUCCACUAAUUGCCAUGGAAUUAACAUUGCAAGAUAAAUCAGAUGGGUUUAAUUUUACAAAAAAAAGUCAAGAUACUACACAGAAAAUUGUAUUACAAUCUGACAUCCAAAAUAUACAACAUAUGACUGAAAGUCUUGAACAAGCGUUAUCAUUAGUUCGAACAUCACAAUUCAAACAAUUACAACGUUCUUGUAAACAGUGUAUUAGUGAUACGAUUAUAUAAAUAUAAGCAAAUUUUUUAAUUUA